AUGAAACAAGCUGAGUCGGAGGACUCCAGCUAUUUGAGAAAGAUCCGAAAGCCGCUGGUGGAGAAGCAGCGACGGGAGCGCAUGAACCACAGCAUCGACCAACUGAAGCGGCUCAUAGCGGACACCAUUAGAGAACAGGCUGACAUUCUGGACCUCACAGUGCUUCACCUUCAGCAGCUUCAACAACGCCACCGCUCAGUUUCCAUGGCAACAGAGUCGGUCGCCUACACAUCCGGGUUCCAAGCUUGUGCAAGGGAGAUCCGGAAGCCGCUGGUGGAGAAGGAGCGACGGGAGCGCAUGAACCACAGCAUCGACCAACUGAAGCGGCUCAUAACGGACACCAUCAGAGAACAGACUUCUUCCAUGACGCGUGUAGACAAGGAAGACAUUCUAGACCUCACAGUGCUACACCCUGAGCACCUACAACAGCGCCACUGUUCAGUAUCCAAGACAACCGAGUCGACAGCCUAUUUAUCCGGUUUCCAGGCUUGUGCAAAUGAAGUUAUGACGUACCUAACCGCUCAGAAAUCGACAGACUUGAAGAAGAUCAGCGCACUGAAUGAUCAUUUACAAAUGGCGCUGAAUGUUCCUCAAAGAUGUGUCAGAAAUCAAAUUCCUGGGGAACAUAACAUGUCUACACCUGUGAGGGCGAAUGACGUGAGCAAAAUGUCGUUAUACGCGCUGAACACUCCUGGACUUUCACCAAUUACCAAUCCUAACGUGCUUCCUAGAGGCUGA